AUGAUUCCGAUUUUUCUCGCAUUGUUGACACCGUCGGCCGUUCUUGCCGCCGAAAAACCUCCUCACAUGGUCUUUAUUCUAGCGGACGAUGUGGGAUGGGCUGACACAAGUCUAGUAGGUGGCUAUCAAAUCCCCACGCCAAACCUGGACGCACUGGCAGCCCACGGCGUCCUGCUGACGCAGCACUACACGAUGCAGACGUGUACGCCUUCCAGGGCGGCUCUUCUGACAGGACUCUACCCAAUCAGGACGGGUCUGCAGCACGAUGUGCUCCUUCCUGCCCAGCCAGGAGGCAUGGACCUCAGCGUUCCUACUUUAGCCGAACGCCUCAGGGACCUUGGUUACCAGACGCACGCUCUGGGAAAAUGGCACCUUGGCUACUCCAGGAUCGACUAUACUCCCACGAGGCGAGGCUUCGACACUUUCUUCGGCUACUACAAUACUGCCAAGUACUACUACUUCCAUGGACUAAACUUCAACAACAAAUGUGGCCGCCACUUCUGGGACGACGAAGAGCUGGUGAAGGAUGCAGACGGCGUGUACGACACUGACCUCGUCACGGACAGGGCGGUCGACAUCAUCUCCAGACACGACAGAGAUAAGCCGCUGUUUAUGUACAUGGCCACUCUAGCGGCGCACGGUGAGACGACCACUCUGACGACUGCCGCACCGGAAAGGAACCUGGCCAAGUUUCCGUACAUCGGCGAUCGCAACAGGACGCUCCUCGCUGGUACGGUGGACGCCUUGGACGAGGCCGUCGGCCGCAUCGUGGAGGCCUUGCACACUCGCGGUAUGCUCGCCAACAGCGUCAUAGUGUUCACCAGUGACAAUGGGGCAAUUCCGUGGGGUGUGUACUCGAACACGGGCUCCAACUGGCCGUUGCGAGGCGUCAAGGGCACUCUCUGGGAAGGCGGCGUCCGUGUGCCGGCUGUAGUCUGGAGCCCGCUCCUCCGGCCUGGCUCCCGGGUCGUUCUGCCCCGACUCCACUUGGUCGACUGGUUGCCCACUCUGUACUCGGCUGCUGGCGGUAACGUCAGCGACCUAGGCACCAUCGAUGGUCUCGACCUAUGGCCAGCGUUAUCCACGGCGAAAAGCGAUAGUACCGCCACUUGGCCUCGCAGCGAGUUCCUCAUCAACAUCGACACUGCUUCUGGGCUUUCGGGCUACCGCGACGGUAACCACAAACUCAUCGUACUCACGAGUCCCAAGUCUCAAGCGCCGAACCCAUUCAGCGACGUCGCACUACAGCAACACGUCCCCGUACCAGGUGGCAUGCCAGAGUCUGAAAGCGAGGAGGCCGCGGAGGAAGACCUGGACCGACUGAUGAAGUCCUCGCUGGCCUGGAAGACCCUGGAAGAGUUAUACAGUGACGGACCUUGUUGCGCAGAUGUCGAGGGCCGCUACCUGUUCGACAUCGAAAGCGACCCUUGCGAACUCAACGACCUGACCUCCACACUGCCGUCGGUGGUUGACAGGCUAGCGAAGAAGAUGGAGUCGUACACAGAAGUCGCAGCGCCACCGAAGCCCCUCAUUAUGGACCCUAUGGGGCAGCCUUCCGUCAACGACUGUGUCUGGGCACCGUGGAAACAAGCCGCCCAGACGACAAAUCGCACCUGUCCCUGCCCUUGA